CUCUUACUACAAUGCCGUUUACAGCUUCAGAUAUUCUCAAGAUUGCUUGCGCCAUCUUCAUUCCACCCGUCGGGGUCUUUCUCGAACGUGGCUGCGGCGCUGACUUCUUCAUUAACAUUCUUCUGACCAUACUUGGUUACAUUCCUGGGAUCAUACACGCGUUAUACAUUAUUCUAAAGUAUUAGCACCACAGUGUGGAAACAUGUUGAGUGGUGGAGGGGUGGAAUCUUUUGGGGUGCCGUUGCAGUCCCACCUGCUGCCAAGACACGCAAUCGGACUUUCUUCAUGUCCUUCCAACAUUGUUGUACAUACACCAUGUUCCAUGCCUACUUUAGUACACGGACUGUAAUGUUAUCAUGAUUCGAUACCCUUGGCCUACCUCAUUUGCUCGGUGUAAUCCUCCUACCGAGGGGUUACAACGGCGCUUGUGGUGCCCGAACUACACGCUUUAACCAGAAACAUGGUACUGGCCACUAUCAAUCUUCC